AGAUUCAUCAGGAACAUGCAUGAGGUAAAUCAAACAGCUGUCUUAGAAUUUUUUCUCCUAGGACUGACAGAUGAUCCUGAACUGCUGUUCCUCACCUUCUACCUUUUCCUGUCCAUGUACCUGGUAGCUGUGAUCGGGAAUCUGCUCAUCAUCCUAGCCGUCAGCUCUGACUCCCACCUCCACACCCCCAUGUACUUCUUCCUCUCUAACCUAUCCUUUAAUGACAUCUGUUUGAUCACAUGCACUGUCCCAAAGAUGCUGGUGAACAUCGGAGCACAGGAUCAGAGCAUCUCCUACACAGGCUGCCUCUCCCAGGUCUGCUCUGUCUUAGCUUUUGGUAGUUUAGAAAGUUGUCUCCUUGCAGUGAUGGCUUAUGACCGCUAUGUGGCCAUUUGUCACCCUCUCAGGUACACAGUAAUCAUGAACCCUCAGUUCUGUGUCCUGCUGGUUUUACUCUCCCUGUUUAUUAGCACUCUUCAUGCCCUGCUUCAUACUCUGAUGGCGCUGCACCUGUCCUUUUGUACAGACCUGGAAAUCCCACACUUCUUCUGUGAGCUUGCUCAGGUCAUCAAGCUCGCCUGUUCUGAUAGCCUCCUCAAUAGCAUCCUAGUAUAUUUGGUGGGUGGCCUUGUGGGUGGUAUUCCUCUCUCAGGAAUCAUUAUCUCUUAUAUUCACAUUGUGUUCUCUGUCUUGAGAAUGUCAUCAAGAGGAAAGUAUAAAGCCUUUUCCUCUUGUGGGUCUCAUCUCUGUGUUGUUUCAUUGUUCUAUGGGACAGGUUUUGGGGUCUACAUCAGCUCUGUGGUUACAGAUUCACCUAGGAAGGUCGCAGUGGCUUCGGUAAUGUAUUCUGUGGCCACUCAGAUGCUGAACCCUUUUAUCUACACUCUCAGGAACAGGAACAUGAAAAAAGCGUUGAGGAGGCUCAAUUAUAUGUUACAUUCUUUUCUGUCAUGUAUCGUUGUUUUGCAUUCAGGUUUCCAGAACAAGUCAAAAUAA